AGCUUCUCCGCUCCUUCUGGAAUCUCUCCCUGGUUCAGCUCGCCUGCUUCCACUCCUGCCUCCACCAUGUCCAUCAGGGUGACCCAGAAGUCCUACAGGGUGUCCACCACUGGCCCCGGGGCCUUCAGCAGCCGCUCCUUCACGAGUGGGCCCAGUGCCCACUCGAGCUCCUCGAGCUUCUCCCGCGUGAGCAGCGUUGGCUUCCGCAGUGGCCUGGGUGCAGGCUAUGCGGGGGCCAGCGGCAUAGGCCCGGGAGGCAUCACUGCCGUCACCAUCAACCAGAGCCUGCUGAACCCCAUUAAGCUGGACAUGGACCCCAACAUCCAGGCCGUGCGUACCCAGGAGAAGGAGCAGAUCAAGACCCUCAACAACAAGUUUGCUUCCUUCAUCGACAAGGUGCGGUUCCUGGAGCAGCAGAACAAGAUGCUGGAGACCAAGUGGAGCCUCCUGCAGCAGCAGAAAACGGCCCGGAGCAACAUGGACAACAUGUUUGAGAGCUACAUCAACAACCUGAGGCGGCAGCUGGAGACUCUGGGCCAGGAGAAGCUGAAGCUGGAGGCGGAGCUUGGCAACAUGCAGGGGCUGGUGGAGGACUUCAAAAACAAGUAUGAGGAAGAGAUCAAUAAGCGUACAGAGAUGGAGAAUGAAUUUGUCCUCAUCAAGAAGGAUGUGGAUGAAGCUUACAUGAACAAGGUAGAGCUGGAGUCUCGCCUGGAAGGACUGACUGAUGAGAUCAACUUCCUCAGGCAGCUGUAUGAAGAGGAGAUCCAGGAGCUGCAGUCCCAGAUCUCUGACACCUCUGUGGUGCUGUCCAUGGACAACAGCCGCUCCUUGGACAUGGACAGCAUCAUCGCUGAGGUCAAGGCGCAGUACGAGGAGAUCGCCAACCGCAGCCGGGCUGAGGCGGAGAGCGUAUACCAGAUCAAGUAUGAGGAGCUGCAGAAGCUGGCUGGGAAGCACGGGGAUGACCUGCGGCGUACGAAAACUGAGAUCUCCGAGAUGAACCGGAACAUCAGCCGGCUCCAGGCCGAGAUUGAGGGCCUCAAAGGCCAGAGGGCUUCCCUGGAGGCCGCCAUUAUAGAUGCUGAGCAUCGCGGGGAGCAGGCACUCAAGGAUGCUCGUGCCAAGCAGCAGCAGCUGGAGGAAGCCCUGCAGAAGGCCAAGCAGGACAUGGCACGGCAGCUGCGUGACUACCAGGAGCUGAUGAACGUCAAACUGGCCCUGAACAUCGAGAUCGCCACCUACCGCAAGCUACUGGAGGGCGAGGAGAGCCGGCUGGAGUCUGGGAUGCAGAACAUGAGUAUCCACACGAAGACCACCAGCGGCUAUGCAGGUGGUCUGAGCUCUGCCUAUGGGGGCCUCACAAGCCCCGGCCUCAGCUAUGGCCUGGGCUCCAGCUUUGGCUCUGGCGCGGGCUCCACCUUCAGCCGCACCAGCUCCACCAAGGCCGUGGUUGUGAAGAAGAUUGAGACCCAAGUCAUGCAGCCCAAUGGAUGGGAUCCAUGGGGUCCUCCCGGAGCCCAGUGUGCUGGCCAAGGGUGCAAAAGGACAACGCAGAGAAAUGCCCCCAAGACAUAUCAUCCUGACUUGCAGGGCAAAGGACACCGACUCAUCAUUCUUCCAGCCUCUGGAAACGGGUCCCUUGCUGUUGACAGUGCCUCGGAAGAAAUUCAUUCUUUAUUGCUGAAACCACUUUCUUCUUUCCUGUACCCUUCGGGGAUGAUGGGCACAAGAUACCACCUCAGCCUUCUGGAAUACGAUGCCACCUUUUCUCAGGGAGCUCAGCAUGCCAAGUGGAACAGGCUGGAAUGCCAGAAGAGCACAAGAUUCGGAGAAGUGGCUCAGGACUGUUGGGACACCAAGACCCUCUGGAAGGGACCCAGAAUCUUCACAGAUGUCCCUGGUUCCCAGAGAAUGACAUUUGCCUCCAAGAUGCAGCAAAGAGUCUGCGACAGCUUGCUGCCAGGAGUUCACAAACCUCAGCGUUCACAAAAUCUUCUGGCUUUCAUCUGGCCUCAGAAUACUGAAGUUGUCAUCAUCGCCAUCAUGAUCAUCCUUCUCCUCCUUAGAACCAUGGCAGCUAUGUUCCUGGAGCGCUUAGGAUAA